AUGCACUCGGCAGGCAGCGGCAGCCUGACGGUGCUGCCCUUGCUCGCUCUCAUCCUCGUCACACUUGGGGGAAGGAUAGCGGCUUCUACUGUAGUUCACGCCCCGAGGUCCAGCUCCUCCUCCUCUGAGAGCAGCGUGAGCACCGCAAGCCAUGUCAGAGCUAUGGGUCAGCCCCCACUGCCCGCCAUGAAAGGACUGCCAUGUGCCAACGACUACUUGAUGGAGCUCGGAAAGAAUGCCAGCAUGAUGGUUUCCACGUGUUUGGGAAUACCGAUGCAGCCAGGCAGUAUCAAUAUGUCCAUGUUUGCGAACCAAGGACUGUUCAUGGACAAAUGUCAGGUUUCUUUUGCAAACAUCUCCAGUUGCUUAUCUCAGCUUGAAAACUACUCUUUCCCUGACAUGUCAAACAUGUCGUGUGUGAAGGAGAUGUCAAAGGCAGAAAUGAAGAAUGAGUCUGUCGUGAUGCAGGAAAUCAAGAUGUAUGCGAUGCAAGCAUGGCAGAACGUGACUAUGAAUGGGAAGGGAAUUUUAAGCAUGAUUUGUCUCAACGUAAACGGACAUUAUUGCAUGCCGGAGUUUCUCAGUCUUUCUCGCGCAGCUAAUGUGACGCAAACUAUGUCUGGUAUGGACAGGCAGACGGCGAUCAUGGCGAUACCAGCUCUCUGCUCCUCUCCUUGCUUCAAUGCCCUCUUGCAAGCCUUCGAAUCUCUCGUCAAAUUCUUUCCUCCACCUGGCCCGGCUCCUGCAAAUCCCAUGAUGAUGAAACAAGGCUUCCAAGCUGUAUGCACGAUCAAAGACUCAAGUGGGAAGUAUUGCUUCGCUAACUCAUAUGCCACGAUGACGAGCUCUGCAUACGUGUGCUCGGAGUGUGGCUCGUUGAUGAUGGCUGCUGGACUUAUAGAUCUACAAAAGAAUCUUCCAAGUGGCCUGUCGCCGCAAACGUUCAGCAUGGUCGUGCCGAUGAUGUGUCUGAAAGAUGGAACGCAAUACUGCCUGGACAAAGCGAACGGAUUUCAAACAGUCUUGACAGGAGGGCUUUCUUGCUUGAGUGCUCCGACUCCAGGAACCUGUCCUACCGACAACACGUGUAAGCAAGCGAUAGUGCAAGCUCAGGGCAUGGGCUGUUGCGUCGGGUCUCUUCUCAAGUUGAAUCCUUCAAUCGAUGGCGUUGUAGCAGGAAUCGCCAAGGAUUGCAAACUGACCAUCCCGGACCCCUGUCAGGCUGGACCAAGGAUCACCUUCUCGAUCGACAUCUCCAACCUCAAGUAUAGUUGGUACUCUGCAAGCACGGCCAACUCAGACACAGCCAACAAAUAUCUCGGUCAUGACAUCGGCGGCUUCCUGAAGGUCCUUCCGGUUGUGGUGAAAACUGUGGCCUCGACGCAACUCUCAACGACCAAUCCCUCGGGAACUCAACUGAAAGUGCAGGUAGACACCAGCUCGACACAGCAGGGGGAUGCAGCUAUCCGACAGCUCAAGUCCUACGUUAGCAGAAGAAGCGGAGGCUUGUCUCUCAAUCAGCUGUCCAGCAAUCUUGACGCAAGUGCCAAAGUCAACCCAAACCAGGCCUUCUCUCUCACGGUCGUGUCGGGAAGUAUCCAACAGACCGACCCUUACCAGGCGCCAACCAUGACGACUUCCACGACUCCGAUGUCUGCAGGAAACACUCUGAGCGCGUCUAGUAUGCUCGCACAGCUCAUGGCGAUGGUGUUGUCUGUUUGGAUCAUAAGACAUGCUUGA